CGGUGGCAGGAAAGGUGGGGAGAUCCCUACGAACGCGACCCGGUCAGUGAAAAGGCUCCAGAGUGGCAACGUCUGCACCAUAGGUGGGAGGCGGUGGAGGGCGACCCGGCCCCAGCUCCCGGGGUGCCGAUAGUGGCCUACGGUGGCGCUUGCAGCUGGCGAAGGGAGAAAGAGGUGAAGCUGAGGCUCUUUGCCUGCCGGGGCUGAAGGGCUCUGAGUCCUAGGCGUCCCUAGUCACCCCGGUGGUGACAGGUCUAGAGACAUGACCCGAGAUUUCAUUUCCAGAGAUGGCACUUCCCCGACUGCGGCGACCUGGACUUCUCUUAGCGGGUCAGUGCUGGCAGAGGCGGCAGUGGUGUUUGCAGUGGUGUUGAGCAUCCACGCAGCCGUGUGGGACCGAUACUCGUGGUGCGCUGUGGCCCUUGCAGUACAGGCUUUCUAUGUCCAGUACAAGUGGGACCGGCUCCUGCAGCAGGGAAGUGCUGUCUUCCAGUUCCGAAUGUCUGCAAACAGUGGCUUAUUGCCGGGCUCGAUGGUCAUGCCGCUGCUCGGAUUGGUCAUGAAAGAGCGUUGUCAGGCUGCGGAGAACCCAUUCUUCGAGCGCUUUGGAAUUGUAGUGGCAGCUACAGGCAUGGCAGUUGCCCUCUUCUCAUCAGUGUUGGCGCUGGGCAUCACUCGCCCUGUACCCACCAAUACUUGUGUUAUCGCGGGCUUGGCCGGAGGUAUAAUCAUUUAUAUCAUGAAGCAUUCUCUGAGUGUUGGGGAGGUAAUCGAGGUCCUGGAAGUCCUGCUGAUCUUUGUCUACCUCAACAUGAUCUUGCUGUACCUCCUGCCCCGCUGCUUCACCCCUGGGGAAGCUCUCCUGGUACUGGGCGGCAUCAGCUUCAUGCUCAACCAGCUCAUCAAGCGCUCUCUGACUGUGGUGGAAAGCCAGGGGGACCCAGUGGACUUCUUCCUGCUGGUGGUGGUGAUUGGCAUGGUGCUCAUGGGCAUCUUCUUCAGCACCCUCUUUGUCUUUAUGGAUUCAGGCACCUGGGCCUCCUCCAUUUUCUUCCACCUCAUGAGUUGUGUGCUGGGACUGGGGAUGGUUCUGCCCUGGCUGCACCGACUUAUCCGUAGGAACCCUUUGCUCUGGCUUAUUCAAUUCCUCUUCCAGACAGACACCCGCAUCUAUCUUCUAACCUAUUGGUCUUUACUGGCCACGCUGGCCUGCCUGGUAGUACUGUAUCAGAAUGCCAAGCGAUCAUCUUCUGAGACCAAGAAGCACCAAGCCCCUACCAUCGCCCGAAAGUACUUCCACUUCAUUGUGGUGGCCACCUACAUCCCAGGGAUCAUCUUUGAUCGACCACUGCUCUAUGUGGCCGCCACUGUAUGUCUGGCAGUUUUCAUCUUCCUGGAGUAUGUGCGCUACUUCCGAAUUAAGCCACUAGGCCACACUCUACGAAGCCUUCUGUCCCUCUUCCUGGAUGAACGUGACAGUGGACCACUCAUCUUGACACACAUCUACCUACUCCUGGGCAUGUCCCUGCCCAUUUGGCUAGUCCCCAGGCCCUGCACACAGAAAGGUAGUUUGGGAGGAGCAAGAGCCUUAGUCCCCUAUGCCGGAGUCCUGGCUGUGGGUGUUGGUGACACUGUGGCUUCCAUCUGUGGCAGCACCAUGGGGGAAAUCCGCUGGCCGGGAACCAAAAAGACUUUUGAAGGGACCAUGACAUCUAUAUUUGCCCAGGUCAUUUCUGUAGCUCUGAUCUUAAUUUUUGACAGUGGAGUAGACCUCAACUACAGUUAUGCUUGGAUUUUGGGGUCCAUCAGCACUGUAUCCCUCCUAGAAGCGUACACCACGCAAAUAGACAAUCUCCUUUUGCCACUCUACCUCCUGAUAUUGCUGAUGGCCUAGAUGCUGUGCAGGAAUGGAGGAACGGACAUGAGGAGGAUGAUAAUUGUUCCCCACUGCAGUAGCCACUUGGGCAUGAAGAGCCAAGAGGUGAAAAGCAGAUUUGAUUUUCAUUUGAUUCACAUUUGAAAUAAAAAUCAAAGCUCUCCUGG